AUCUUCCCUCGACGGUCGCAACCGGAAGACCCUUUACCGGUAGAUUUUUGUUGUGGAUAACAUCUUCCCCGUCCUUCAGAAGGAAAAUGUACUACAAGUUCAGCGGAUUCACCCAGAAACUGACGGGUUCUGCGCCCACGGCCGCCUACAGCCCUCAGGGGCUGAGGCCAGGUGUGCCAGCAGAAGCCCCACCCAUGAUCUUCGCCUCCCCCACCAAAAUGGUGUCGGAGGCUAAGACCGUGGAGUACACCGUAACAAACCGGGUUCCUGACCUGCAGAAACUAUUCCAGAUACCGGACGGUGUCCCCAUUCAUUUGAAGCGGGGCGUCCCUGACAGGCUACUGUACCGCACCACCAUGGCCCUCACCAUCGGAGGGACCCUCUACUGCCUGGUGGCUCUUUACUUCGCAGCCCAGCCCAACAAAAAGUGAUCAACACAAAACCCCCAGAUCUUUCUACAACACCUCUAACACCUCGCAGUUCAUCGAGCCAACAUUCCCAGUGUUCCCAUCUGCCUUGCCAUAAAACCUCUUGGGACUGUAAUUAAAACAUCACCCCUCAAUUAAAACAAUAAUAAUGUCCAUUUUCUUUGUAAAAACAAAUGUCUAAGUUAAUAAAUUUUAAAGGGAAUCAAAUGUAAAA